UGUUGGUUAGACGUAUUUUCUCGUUCGAAAUGGUAGUGUGAGGAUUGAGUAGUCGGAUGGUGAUUUUCGAAACUCAGGCUUUCUGGGCUUUCCAUUGACGGCUCGCAAAAAACAGCAGUUUCGUGUGGUGUGUCAUAAAGUGAAGGAAGUGAAGGAGCAUAGUGUCUGAAAGUUUACUUGAAACGAGGGUAGGAAAACUUCGAUUUGUACGAUAAAUUGCUAGCCCCAGAAUCCAAAAGUAUAAGACAUGUGUUAAGAAUUCUUAGCUCAUUAGCAAAAUACGUAUUGUUUCGGGGUAGCGCUGUAAAUUGCUACUGGAAAUCAAAAAAAUAUUACCUAUUCAGUGUGUGAAAACAAAGAAAGAACCAUCACCAGGAAGAAGUGAUCGGUCGUCAUCGGCAAAAUCGAGAGUCUGUCCUAGUUGUGGCGAAGAAAUUCCUGGCAGUGAUAAAUGUGCUGAGUGAAGGCAGAAAAGGGGUUUAUAGGAAAUGGCGUGUUUAAACACCCUGAAACUGGAGAUAAAGACGCUGGAGCAGAUAUUCACCAAAAAUCAUGAACGGUUCCAAAUCCUUAAUGCUUCGGUGGAUGAGUUGAGUUGCCGUUUCAUUGGCCGCAACGGAAAGCAGUACGACAUUCAUGCUAAUAUUACGGAAACAUACCCCUCCACGCCGCCAGUAUGGUUUGCAGAGAGCGAAGAAACCAGUAUAACCAACGCUGUACAAAUACUUACAAACACCCGUGGCCACGAUAAUCAUGUUAUAAAUCAGGUCGACAUACUACUACGUGAACUGUGCCGGCUUCAUACAGUUCCACUACCUCCAGAUUUGGACAACCUAAGGAUACCGUUUCAACCUCAUGCACCCGGCACACCUUCACCACAUCAGGCAGCCUUCCAAGGGGCUCGUCAAUUGCAUCAACAGCAGCAGCAACAGCAACAACAACAGAUCGACGAAAUCGAUUCGGACUGUGAUGACAUCGAGGAUGUGGUGGGUGAAAGUGACCAGGAAAGUGAAGGAGAGGAAGAUCUUCCACUCGAGAUGGACGACGGUCGGAAUCCGUCUAAGAAAGACGAAAUGGAAGUGGAACAUUUAGCAACGCUAGAAAGAUUACGACAAACUCAACGGCAGGAUUAUUUAAAGGGUUCGGUUUCAGGUUCGGUUCAAGCCACCGACCGACUGAUGAAGGAGUUGCGAGAUAUUUACCGAUCCGAUUCGUUCAAGAGCAACAUGUACUCGAUAGAGCUGGUUAACGACUCAAUUUACGAAUGGAACAUCCGACUGAUGUCCGUCGAUCCCGACAGUCCUUUGCAUAACGAUCUCGUGCUGCUGAAGGAAAAAGAAGGCAAGGACAGCAUCCUGCUCAACAUUAUGUUUAAGGAGACAUACCCGUUCGAACCACCGUUUGUGCGCGUCGUGCAUCCGAUCAUUUCCGGCGGUUAUGUCUUGGUGGGAGGUGCAAUCUGCAUGGAAUUGCUCACAAAACAAGGCUGGAGCUCCGCGUACACCGUGGAAGCUGUUAUCAUGCAGAUAGCAGCUACACUAGUCAAAGGCAAAGCGCGAAUACAGUUUGGCGUAACAAAGUCUUUUUCGCAGGGUCAGUACAGCUUGGCGCGUGCACAACAGAGCUUCAAGUCGCUGGUACAAAUCCACGAGAAGAACGGCUGGUUCACCCCGCCGAAAGAGGACGGAUAAAUUACACGAGCAAACGUAGACCGACUGCGUGGGUGGGGUUGGUUGGAUGGAGACCCACAACAACUAAGGUUCUUCCGCAUUAUGUUCAUUAAAAUAACACCUCUGUUCGCUAUCAUCGUCAUCAUAAGCGUUUCGUAAAACGGUAUUCUGUCCAAUCGAAUGGCUGCAUUAUAACGCCAUUGACUAACUAUUAAAUCAGCAUAAUUAGUAGAACUUUAUUUGUUUGCAGUUCGUGGAUUGAUUUACCAUCGCUAAUAAAGAGCAGUGUGGAAGAAUACAUUAGAGAAAAAAACUGGUCGUCCAAACGAAAAGGCAUUAACUUUCUAUGUAUUUGCUUUAAAUUGAAUGGAUGAUGAUAAUUCAAGAUACAAUGUUAUUGAAUGAUUGCGUUGAAGUAUGUCUGAAAUAUACGCGAUAGUUUGAAUGAAUGUAUGUGUAGAGAGAAACAGGCUGCAUAUGAGAUGACGAAUAAACUGUAAUAGGUUCUAUAAAAAUCGAGUGUUCGUUUGAAACAUAUAGAAUAGGCAAUGAGAUGAAUACGUGAAUGUGUAUACAUUAGAAUUAGGAAUAGAAACGUUAUCCUUUCUCGCAAUCUUCUUCAAACGGACGAGGACAUCUUAUUAAGAAGAGUUAAGUGAAACAAUAAAAGUUACAAGUUGUUUUACUUCGUGAAUAGGUAAUACCAUGGAAAGCAAAGAAAAAGUAAAAAGCAUAACAAGCGAAGGAUUCUCACUAUCUCUUAAAGAGGUAGUGUCUCUUUUAAUCUAUUUCCUGUAGAAGAAAUAUUUCAAUGGAAUAAACGUGAGCUAAGAAAAUGUGUUUGUAAGCUUGGACUGUUGUCAAAUAUGCGAUUUAGGAAAGGCUGGAAAUCUUAAAAUUAUAACGAGGAAGAAUUCCCUCACAGGAAGUAAACUUAUUAGGCUUUCUCAUCAUUUCGCACUUAGGACCAGGCAGCGGAGGCAAUAAGUAUAAAAUACAUUUUUAUAAAACCUCAGGCAAAGAAAAGCUCUCUCUGCCAGCGGUUAGCAGCACUUGCUACAAAAACUCAGAAGUGUCGAAAUGUAGGUAACUGAAAAAGUCUACGUAUAAAAUCUUUAUAACAGCAAUGAAAUACCUACUGAAAGCAAACAAGAAGAUUACACUAUCAGUAAAUCCGUGCGUAAUACUAGAUGCCUGCACCGGGCCAAAUUUCGAUACAGAUAUGAAAUAGUGCUCCGGUAGAAAAUAUAAUAUUUGUCUUAAAUUUAACGUAUUGAUUGGUUUUAUAUUUCAUGAAUAUGAUAGCCAGAAAGCAAACAGAAAUAUCAAAUUGAAUAAAAAGCUAAUUUGCUUAUUUUCAGCUUCUCGGAGGUCACAAUCCACAUUAAAUAAGCUGGCUCUAGCAAAAAUGAGAUCCGAUCAAGUGAAAAGUUUUCUUUUUAUCAGACUGUGACAUAUGUAAAAUAUAAAAAAAGAAAACGACAAAAACAAGAAAUUAAUAAUAA